AUGGAGGGGGGCUCGUUUCUCGGAAUACGGAAAUCCACGUCCUUAACUAGUAUCCUUUCCACCAGAGACGAGAAACUUGGGCUCCCGCUGCCGGCCCACCAGCAACAGAAGAUCAGAGUGCGGACCAUUUUAGGCCAUUGUCUGUAUCGAAGGGUUCUACUAUGGUCCGCUGCCGUUCUCUUCUUCCUCUUCUUCGCCCUGUCGAGAAGCAGGACCCAUCUGCAGCAUGGCAGGAUAAUGGAUAUGGUGGACUUCGCCCAAGGGGAGACGGAGAAUGUCAGCAGCCUAGAAGUGGUCGAGCUGGUACCACCGAGCGAGGUCCAGGCCAAGGAGAAGACCGACGACGAGAGCGAUGGCUCCAAAGACGCAGGGUCUCACAUGCCCCACUGGCUGCGGUUCAGGCACCUUGACGGAUACUUCAACGGUAUCAAGGCCAUGGUGUCGCUCAGCGAACACAGGCCAGAAUUUCCAAGGAAGAAGGGAGAGAAGUCGCCUUUCCCUCUGACGGUGACUUACAAUAGCUUGCCAACACCCACCCCCUUUGUUCCUCAGCCCGACUACAAAUCACCCGAGUACACGAGCAAGUAUCAUGCAGUUGAACCUUGCUACCUCGACAAGGAUGAGAAAGUCCCCGUCCCAGACCUCUACGCCUACAGCGGGGUCGUCCAGGGCAUGCCGCUGCCGGCUAUGGGGUCCCACAGUCUGCUCGGCCUACGAGAUGACAUAUGCUUCGAUCGGUUUGGCAGAUACGGGCCAUACGGACUGGGCUACGGCUUCGGUGAAGGGGGCGUGGAAGUGGGCACUGACACUGAAAACGAGUCAAGCCAAGCGGUGUGGUCCAAGGGAGGCAAGAUCAACUACGACAAUGUCGACUGGGGCGACGCCCAGACACGGUGCUUCGAGUCUAACAAGAAACGUUUCGUGGAUCCCGUCACGGAAGACGACCAGAAACCCGAGCCUCGAAGCAGCACAUCUAACGAGCCCGAAAAAAUUGCCCGCACGGCCAUCGUCGUUCGAACUUAUGUCGGGUUCCCAUGGUCACAGCAUACGGUUCUCAACUUCAGGGCCAUGAUCUCGGAACUAUCCUUGCGGUCGGGAGGCGAGUACACGGUGCACUUUCUACUCCAUAUACGCAGCAACGACGAGCCCAUCUGGGCAAACCCUGCAACGGCACAGCAUAUUAUGGACGAGAACGUGCCCUACGAGUUCCACAGUAUCUGCACCCUGUGGUCCGAGGCACAGAUGCGUCUCAUAUACCCAGGUCGCUUUGGGAGUUCGGUCGCGAACCCGAGUAACGGCGAUAUCCACGGCGUCUACCGCAGCGCUCAGAUGCCGUUGCAGAAUUUCGCUGCCAACCAUCCAGAGUACACCCACUUCUGGAACUGGGAGAUGGACAUGCGCUGGCUUGGGAACUACUACGAGCUUUUCGAUCGUCUUGCCACCUGGGCCAGGAACCAGUCCCGGAUCGAGCUUUGGGAGCGGUCACAGAAAUAUUACAUUCCCAACUUACACGGGAGCUGGGAGAAUUUUAGCAAUCUUGUCCACCAAGAAAUGCAGGACAGUGGCCGCAAGACCAUUCUCGGACCUGUGCGUUUUGCUGGCCAGACAUCGGCGCACGCCGGCAAUAUCAUUGAGGAAGAGAACCUGCCGGCGUCGUGCACCAACAGCACCAACAUGUCCCAGUGCGGCGUGGGUGAGGAGGCAGACCUCAUCACGCUCAAUCCAAUCUUCGAUGCCGAGGAGUCGGGCUGGGUUUUUGCUUCGGACGUGACUGGAUACGACAGUUCUUCCCCGACGCCUCCCCGCAGAUGUGCAAUCAUCACGGCAUCCCGGCUCAGUCGCCGUCUGCUCAUGGCGAUGCACGAGGAGACUUGGAAAUACCACCACACCAUGUUCUCGGAGAUGUUCCCGGCGUCGGUGGCCCUCCAUCACGGGUUCAAAGCUGUUUAUGCGCCCCACCCCGUCUAUCUCGACCGCGGCUGGGACCUCGAGUCUGUUGACGAGGCUUUCAACGGCGGCCGGGACCACAGUACUUCUCGCCAUGGCAGCCCUUUUGAUUUCCAAAACGAACACAACCACAAAGGAAGCACCUGGUACUUCAACAGCGAAUUUGCCGGGCUAUUAUGGCGGCGUUGGCUUGGCUACGCGCAGAUGGACGGCCGCGGAGUCAACGGCGGCCGGUCCGGCGAGGGCACUUUGCGCGGAGGCAUAGUCGAAGAGAAGAGCGCUGCAAGCAGCGGGCGUCUAUGCCUAAAGAGUGUCCUCCUCCACCCAAUCAAGUGGGAGCAUCCCAGCGAGAUGUGGUGA